AUGCGAAACCCCUUCCGACGUCGGAACAAGAAGGAUAAGGCCGGUAGCGGCGGCCAGAGCUCAGACUUCGUCGUUCCUAUAGAGUUUCGCCCUGCCGGUGCUGGAACUCUGCCGUUAUACCCUCCUACUCGCGACUCAGCAUAUCUGCUUGCCCACCUACCACCAAAGGUCCUCGAGCGCAUCUUUUGUUUCGUUUGCCCACACGCCCUUGACGAGAGUUAUGAAACUUGCGAGAGUAGUGCGAGCUCAAGCGAUAGUGUUUGCAUGUUAUGCGACUUGCGCGAUCUAGGUCAUUGUGUUCAAGUUUGUCGCGCAUGGCGACCCAGUGCUGUCAAGGUCUUGUAUCACAGCGUUCGUAUCGAUCCAGUCCACUACUGCCGUCUUGAAGAAUGGCUCGCCGACAAACGCAAAAAGACUUCCCGCUUCGACCGAAAUGGUAUCCCCGAAGAUCCCGCCCAGGCCCGUCUACGUCUCCUCCGACGCACCGUUCGCGACGACCCGACACGCAUUGGAAAGUCGGUCCAGUAUCUAAAGCUUCCCUACAUGUUGCGCGAGUCUUCCCAGGUCGAGCUUGCCCAGACCAUCGCUGUUCUUCCGAACCUACGCUAUGUCGACUUGCCGGAGGGUAUGUUCUGCGAUGACCCUCACUACGCGACUCUCCGCCUCGAAGUCCAAGCUCGAUGCCCAAACCUUCGAAAGAUGACUUAUAUCGGUGGUGCUGAGCGCAGUUUGGCCAUGUUAGCUACAGGACAAGUGUGGCCGAACCUUGAAGUGUUGGAAUUGAAUGACCUUAAUAUCGACCCCAUGACACUUCGAGCUGUUCUCGGUUGUCUCAACAAUCUACAAGCGCUCAAGGUGUCGAACACACCAGGCCUCUCAGAUGAGGUUCUAUCCUCGUCAGAUGGUUUACCUACCCUGCCGCCUAUGAAAGAACUUGUGCUGAAGGAUACACCCGGUGUGACGUUGAAAGGUCUUAUUGAGUAUCUGGCAUGGCAGGAGACACAGCAAGCUCUGACGGUCCUAACACUUAAGGACACCGGUGUUCACCCAGCAAGCUUACAAGAGAUCUUUACCAUGGCUUCGUCUCUCAAGACGUUUGCCAUUCAGUCCAAUGUCUCUGAGCAGUUCCCCAGCUCGGUCAAUUCCCGCCCAUUGGCAUCUCGGUCACUUGAAACAUUAAGAUUCGAGGUUUCCCCAUCUUCAACUGGUGCAUUCUCGAGUGUGACCAUGGGCUAUUAUUCUUAUCUUGCAUCGUCCAUCCUCGGCGGUGGUUUCCCAAAAUUAAGACAGCUUUAUGUUCAUGAUGAGAGCUUCCCAGAUCAACUCCAGGGACUUCCACCACCCAACGCGGCCUUUGCCGGAGGGCACACACGUUCUGGCUCCAACACGUCCACCAGAUCAUCCCCUGGAUUUGCUUUCCCGGCUGCGUCAGGCCUCUCGCCACCAUCGGCAAACUCUCCUCCUUUUGCGCAAAGACGACCAAUAUCAAAUAUUCAGCCAGCCAGCAAACGUUUCAGCUCCAAUAACCCGUUCGCUCCUCGCAAUGCAUCCGUAGCAGCCCCUACACAUACUCUCGAAGUUUUUACCAAGAGUGACGAGUUCGGCAAGUGGAACUUUGUAUCUGUUGACCCAUUGAUCAAAUCCGCUACGGCAACGUCUCGACGGCCGAUGAGCAGCUACGGGCUGGCAGCCGAUGUUACGGGGUCUGGGUGGGAUCGAGGGGAUGCACGACGCAGUGUCAUGGUCGGCAACGGUACUGGUGUGUUCUUGGCUGUGCCUGGCCAAGGGGGUGACGAUGGUGCAUUUAACGGCAGCUCUGAUCCAUGGCGACCUCAAAGUAGUGGGGGGUCACCGCGCCGCAGUCGAGAACUAUGGUAA